AUGUCAUCAGGUAUUCAAUCGUUAUUAAAGACCGAAAAAGAAGCAGCAGAAAUAGUCAAUGAAGCAAGAAAAUACAGAACCAAUAGAUUAAAAACAGCAAAACAAGAUGCACAAGAAGAAAUUGAAAAUUAUAAAAAACAAAAAGAAGAUGAGCUUACUAAAUAUGAGAAAGAUCACGAAGGAAUAAAUGAAAAAAUAGAUAAAGAUGCUGAUGCAGAAGUUGAACAAGAAUUAAAAAAAUUAAAAGAACAAUUUGAAAAAAAAAAAAAUGAUGUUAUUCAAUUAUUAGUUGAUGCUACUAUAUCUCCAAAUCCAGAAUUACAUAUAAAUGCUAAUGUUCAAAAAGAAAAACCAACUGAAAAAGCUUAG